ACGUCUUCUGGACUUACGCGGUGAGCUAAAGGGCCGAUCGAGACAAAACAGACGAGAUAAUCGUACAACUCGCAUCUGACAGGAAGUGUUUAUGUUUCACCACGAAAGCCAUUGGAAUGUGUGAAGCAAACAAGUGACAACCGGAAGUCACUUUAAAAGUCCUUACGUAUAAAAGACUACAUGAAGCGAACAAAAUAGAACCUGUGAAUGAUACUUAACCACGUUAACAAACAAUGGCAUUCAAUGACAAAACAAUAAUAAUAUAUUGACUAAUCGCGGUUCGAUUUUAUGUCAGUACAUAAUGGCAACGUUAUUUGUAUCAUAUUUAUUUUGAUAACACCAACCGGAAGUGUUUGUAUUCCCGUUACAAUUUUAACAACGUUACGGCGUGUUCCCACUCGCUGCUCUCCUGUAAACAAAUCUUGGUUAGCGGCGAUAAUUGUGUUACUUUUUUAAACGUUUACAGCGGGAGCAAUGUCGGAGUCGGUGUCUAUUUUUUAUAGCUCACAGGUGGCUGUCUUUUGGACCUAAAUGGGAAGUCACCUUGCCUCGCACGCCAUGCGGGAAUAGAAGCUCCGGGGAGGUGCCAUGUUAGCCACGCAAACGCCAGACGCGCCACAGGAGGCUAAACAUGUCAAACAGAUCAAGGAGAAGUUGGCGCAGUCGCUCAAAGCCCUGCAGAUGCGCUACGUGACGUCGGAUGCGGUGGUCACCAGCGAGGAUGCCGAUGCCAACCUUCUCUGCUGUGCCCUGGAGGCCAUUUUCAUCCACGGCAUCAAGAGCAAGUACAUCCGCCAAGAGGCCGGGAGCCGCAGCAGGAAGGGGAACAGGAGACCUCUCCCUCAGCCUUUCUUCUGGAGCCUCCUGAAGACGGUCACCCACCGUGACGUGAUCACAGAGCUGGAGAAGAUCAGCUUCGUCGGAACAGACGUGGGUCGCUGUCGCGCUUGGUUGCGUCUGGCCCUCAACCACGGCCUGCUGGAGUGCUACCUGGUGUCCCUGUUUCGGGAGAGCUCCAAGUUGCGGGUGUACUAUCAGCCCGGCGCCCUGCUGCUCAACACGGAGGAGCGGGACGUCCUGCUCAGCUAUCUGCAGGGUCUGGCCUCGCUCUCCUUCAGCCUGUCGUACAAGUCUGCUGUCCUCAACCAAUGGACCACCACGCCUUUAGCUCUCGCUGGACUGUGCCCGCUGGCCCAGGCAGACACUCCGGACCCACCGGUCAACGGCGCAGACCACCCGGCCUCCAUGCCUCCUUGUAAAGACUCCUGGGAUACAGUGUCGCAGUCGUCGGGGUCGUCCGACGCACCGGUGGUGGUGGUCAGAAGGGGUUCCGGGGGAUUCCAGGGUGGUACCAGAAGGCUCAACUCGUCGAGUUUAAGCCUAGACACCACGGGCUCCUCCCAGCUCUCCUCCAGCUUGAGCUCCGACAGCCUUCUCCAGGGACAGGACCCGUGCAGCCCCGCCGGAGAGCAGUGGUCAUCGUGUGACCUUGACCCAACCUCAAAUGGAAGCAACAGCACCAAGCAGACCUUGAAAGAUUUGCUUCCGGAGCUCCGGGAGCACGCCAACUGCAGCCAGGACUCCAUGCACGAAGACUCCUUUGUCUCCAGCAGCGGUCCUGACCAGUUCUCGGACACCGACCAUCCGCCGAGUUCUGCUCUCUCCGACACGGAGCCCCCUCUUCCGACCGCCAGCCCCCCGUCUCCCCGCCCGCACCGCAUCGAGCCCCUGCCCUCUGCUGCCUCGAAUGCCGACCCCCUCCCUGGAGGCGAGCCCGUGCUGCCGGCGGUCCCGGUGGUCCGUGUGCCGGAGAAGGAAGUUGAAUGCAUUGCAGAGUCUGCGGCGCGCCCCGGCUGCCGUCACUCGCCGAGCGUCCUGAGCAGGAAUUUGUCCUCAGAUUCUCUCCCACGUUCCCGCUCCUGGAUAUCUGAGGACGAUAUCUACAAGCCCCAUGUGGACGGGGACUCCGACCAGGAGGAAGCCCCUCCGGCCGCUCCUUCGGACUCUCAGUCACCGCCAAGUGUUGUGCAUCGUAGGCAAAUGGGUCUAUCCAACCCGUUCCGAGGCCUGCUGAAGCUGGGUCACCUGGAGCGGCGCGGCGCCAUGGGGAUGUGGCGCGACCACUACUGCGAGCUGUCGCCCUUCGAGUUCCGCCUUUACCUCAACGCCGAGGAGCGCACGUGUUGCGACAAUUGCUCCCUGCUGCGCUGCGAGGAGGCGCGCCUCACCUCGCCCGACGGCCGCUUUGAGUUGGUCUUCCCCAGCAAGCGGCUGCACCUGCGCGCGGCCAACCGGGACGAGGCGGAGGACUGGGUGGACCGGAUCGUGGAGGCCGUCAACAAGUGCCGUCCCGUGUCGCGCGUGGACGAGCAGUGGGAGGUGUUGGAGGCCCCGAGUGAAAACGGCGUCGAUGACGAAUCUUUCUUGUGCGCCGCCCCCUGCAAACCAGAGCGACGCUCCUCCUCCACUGAUGCCACGCCUCCUCCGCUACACGAAGCUAACUGGACUCGUGCAAUAGAUUUGGAAACGGAUGCCAUCAAAGAGGCCGUUCUCUACUGUUCUAUCGACUCCGACGCUCGGACUUGGAACCCUCUGGUCUUCUCGCUCUCCUUAGAGUCCUUGAAAGGUUUCCGUGUCCAAGAAGGAAGAAAGUGGCUUCAACUGAACUUCCCCAUCGAGGAAGUCAGGGACGUGGUUCCUGACGUCUCGCUGGGUGGACCAAACUUCUUUAAACUCCUGACGCUCAGAGAGACACUCCGACUCAGGGCGGAAAACACAGAGGAGGCACGAUCCUGGAGGAUUCUGAUCCGCGGCGCUCUGGAUUCUUACCUGGAGAGCGGUGAAGAGGCGGAGCUCGGGGCGGCGGCGGCGGCUGCGGUCGGCCACGGCGGUACCGGAAACAUCCACAGGCUGGUUCAGCACCGACUCAGAGAAGACGGAGCGCUGCUGGUCUACCUGUGCACCGUGCCCUCGCAGAAGGGACUGGACACGCAGAACUUCAAAUGUGCAGGGUGCCCUCAGCAGAUUGGCCCCUCGCUGGGACGAGGCCGCCUGUGCGAGUUCUCCGGCCGGUACUACUGCGACUCCUGUCACCGUGGCGACACAAGCGUCAUCCCCUCACGCAUGUUGCACAACUGGGACCUCAAUAAACGCGAGGUGUCCAAGAAGGCGCUGUGGCUGCUGGCUCAAGUGGAGCAGGAGCCUUUGCUCAACCUGGAUCAGCUCAACCCAAAUUUGACCACGCACUCGGAGUCCAUGGCACGGGUCCACGGCCUGCGGCAGAGGCUGAGACUGCUGGGCGACUACCUGCUCACCUGCCGCAGUGGAGCCUGCAAGAUGCUCCAAGCCAGGAUGGGGCAACGGACCUACCUGCUGGAGUCCAGCGGCCUGUACAGCGUGCUGGACCUGCGCCAGAUAGCCGAGGAGCAGUACGCCGCCUACCUGAUGUCGCUGUGCCAGUUUGCCUGCAACCACGUGUUCAGCUGCGAGCUGUGCACGCAGCGAGGCUUCAUCUGCCAGAUGUGCCACGCCAGCGACAUCAUCUUCCCCUUCCAGUUUGACAGCACCGCCAGGUGCAAGACGUGCAAGGCCGUGUUCCAUCGGGCCUGCAUGGCGCCGGGCCUGUGCUGCCCUCGCUGUCUGCGAAUGAAGAAAUACCUGGACAGGGACUUGCAGGACUGAGAGCGGCCAGCAAGGGGCGCCCUUGUUCCCCUCCUGUGGACUGAGUAGCCCAAAAUCAAGCAACCUCAAGUGCAAUUAUUAUUAUUCUCAUUAUUAUUGUUAUCACCGGUGAAGUGAAGGGGGAUGCAUCACAGGUAAACUGAUUCUAAUUUAUUGACUCUUCAUCGUGAAGAAAUAUAUAUAUAUAUAUAUAUAUAUUUUAAAUGCAGAGUUGUUUCAUGACUCUUAGGUUGGAUGUAUAAACACGACAUUUAAGGGCUUUCUAUGCAAAAACAGAGAAUAGCACUUGAAAUUAGUAAACAAUCCAACGUGCCUUGGACUCUUCUUUUUACGGCCAAAUCAUGGCGACAUCUUUUUCAUCUUAAUACCGCUUGCCACGUUUUCACACUUUUUUUUUUUUUAUCGGUGCUGGAAAUGAAAAUGACAAGUGACCGCAUACACGACUGCGACUGUUAGCUGGGAAUAUUUGGGUCUGUGCGUGACAGCGCUCCGCUCGCUCUCUAACAGCACAGUUUGAGUCGCUAGUACAGCACUCAACUCUUUGUAUGUUUAUGGUUUAUUCACAGCCAAAUAAAUGUCCAGUCGAUAACAUAGGACUAUAGCCUGCUGUCUUGUUUAUGAAUCCAUAUCAUUUUCUUCAGAGGACUAUAGCCUGCUGUCUUGUUUAUGAAUCCAUAUCAUUUUCUUCAGAGGACUAUAGCCUGCUGUCUUGUUUAUGAAUCCAUAUCAUUUUCUUAAGAGGACUAUAGCCUGCUGUCUUGUUUAUGAAUCCAUAUCAUUUCCUUAAGAGGACUAUAGCCUGCUGUCUUGUUUAUGAAUCCAUAUAAUUUCCUUAAGAGGACUAUAACCUGCUGUCUUGUUUAUGAAUCCAUAUCAUUUCCUUAAGAGGACUAUAGCCUGCUGUCUUGUUUAUGAAUCCAUAUAAUUUCCUUAAGAGGACUAUAACCUGCUGUCUUGUUUAUGAAUCCAUAUCAUUUUCUUAAGAGGACUAUAGCCUGCUGUGUUGUUUAUGAAUCCAUAUCAUUUUCUUAAGAGGACUAUAGCCUGCUGUCUUGUUUAUGAAUCCAUAUAAUUUCCUUAAGAGGACUAUAGCCUGCUGUCUUGUUUAUGAAUCCAUAUCAUUUUCUUAAGAGGACUAUAGCCUGCUGUCUUGUUUAUGAAUCCAUAUAAUUUCCUUAAGAGGACUAUAACCUGCUGUCUUGUUUAUGAAUCCAUAUCAUUUUCUUAAGAGGACUAUAGCCUGCUGUGUUGUUUAUGAAUCCAUAUCAUUUCCUUAAGAGGACUAUAGCCUGCUGUCUUGUUUAUGAAUCCAUAUAAUUUCCUUAAGAGGACUAUAACCUGCUGUCUUGUUUAUGAAUCCAUAUCAUUUCCUUAAGAGGACUAUAGCCUGCUGUGUUGUUUAUGAAUCCAUAUCAUUUUCUUAAGAGGACUAUAGCCUGCUGUGUUGUUUAUGAAACCAUAUGCGUCCAAACUGAUUUUUCCAACAGCUAUCCACAACAAAACCCACCGGCAAGAUGUCCUCCAAGUGAAAGCAAAUGAUGUCGCGGCGUCAUCGAAAGAUCAGAGCACUUACUCACAACUACUACCUUUUUCCAAAUAGUGUGUAAGGGGCCACUUCAGUGGACACAGACGCCUGAUACUCUUGUCUUGAAAGCAAUUUCCACCAUGCACCUGACGUACAGUACAGUAUGUCACUCCAGUGUACCAGCCUCGUUAGUUUCUGUGUGAAAGGCACGGCAAAUCUAUUAUUCUGUUGCAGCUGCCAUAUUUGUGGGGGGUGUCUGUGUGAAAGGGUCCGAGACGGGUCUGUCACUCCUCAAAAGGUACAAUUGCGUUGCAGAAUUGGCGGAAGCAGGAGAUGAAGUCUACCCGGCAAUUUUACCGCUUAGGACAACACUGCAUACAGAACAAUGCACGUUUUUCUUCAUUGAACACAUGGAAAUCAAACCUCAAGUGGGUCAAGA